AUGUCCUCUUCCGUUCGUCGUUCUUCCAGGCUAGCAAGCAAGCACAAGCUUGAAGAGCCAGCUCCUUCUGCACCUGCAAAAAAACCAAAAUCUUCCAAAAAGACUGCUGUUAAGCCAGAAGAGAAACCAGAAAAGAAACCGGCCAACAAAGCAUUGAAGAUUGAUGAUGCGAUCCCAGACAUUGUGUUGAAGAAUCAAGAUGAUGAAGACGUGUCCUUGAAACAGAUUGCUCUGGAAAACAGGAUUGUUGCUAUCUUUGCCUAUCCGAAGGCGUCGACCCCAGGUUGCACAAAACAGGCUUGCGGUUUUAGUCAGAACUAUGGUGAUUUAUCAAAAAAGGCCAAAAUAUUUGGUCUUUCAUCUGACUCCCCAAAGGCUCAGAAAAAUUUCAUGGUGAAGCAAUCUUUGAAACUCGACGGUUUGCUAUGUGAUCCUGAAAAGAAGUUGAUUGGUCCUUUAGGCGCAAAAAAGUCACCUAAUGGUAUCAAAAGAUCCCAUUGGAUUUUCGUAGAUGGGUAUUUGAAGGUCAGCAGGGUACAAAUCAGCCCGCUCGUCAGCGUCGAUGAGGCGAAGGAAGAGAUUGAAGAGAUUUACUCAAAUUUGACCACCGAUGAAGAGCCAAAAAAGGACCUAGAAGAAUCUGAUGAAAAAUAA